AUGAAGACUAUCCUCGCUGCCUACUCUGGUGUCGCCAAAGGCACAGGCUCCAGUAUUCUGUCUGCCCUGCAGGACGUGCCUGCAGCCCUGUGGCCUUGCCGAUCCAAAAUGGAGAAACAUCUGCAGGUCAUCUCUGUGCUGCAGUGGGUCAUCAGCUUCAUGGCUCUGGGAGCUGCCUGCACCGUUCUGUUGUUUUACAUGUUCCUUACUGAUUGCUGGUUGAUUGCUGCCAUUUACACCGCAUGGCUCAUCUUUGACUGGAACACACCUAAACAAGGUGGGCGUAGAUCGUCUUGGGUGAGGAGCUGGACAGUGUGGACCUACUUCAGAGACUACUUUCCAAUCAGACUUAUUAAAACCCACAACUUAUCUCCCAGUCGGAACUACAUCUUUGGCUAUCACCCGCAUGGAAUUCUUUGCUUUGGGGCAUUCUGCAAUUUUGGAACCGAAGCAACUGGGUUCUCUAAAAAAUUCCCUGGCAUCAAACCUUCCCUGGCAACACUGGCUGGAAACUUCCGCUUGCCCGUUCUUCGGGACUAUCUGAUGUCUGGAGUCGUCAUUGUGGUCGGAGGGGCUGCAGAGUCUCUGAAUUGUGCACCAGGCUCGAAUUCUGUAACCCUCAAGAAUCGCAAAGGUUUUAUCAAACUGGCCUUGCAGAAAGGGUCCGAUCUUGUUCCUGUGUAUUCCUUUGGAGAAAAUGAUGCCUAUAAACAGGUGAUCUUUGAGGAGGGGACAUGGUGGCGCUCGGUCCAGAAGAGGUUACAGAAACUGUUGGGCUUCGCUCCCUGUGUGUUUCAUGGCUGUGGCCUUAUCUUUGGUGACUCUUGGGGGUUUGUGCCUUAUUGCAAGCCUAUUACAACUAUAGUUGGAGAGCCAAUCACUGUGCCAAAAAUUGAAGAUCCAACUGAGGACAUGGUAGAUGUGUACCAUUCAAUGUAUAUCAGGGGCCCGGGGCCACCCACGGGACACACCUUCAGUCCAGCGGUGCGCUGCUGGAGCUCUGCGCGUCUUGAGGCCCCUCCCUUAGCACUUAUAUCGUCGGGGCGCACCUUCUGCCCGGUGCACAUCAUGAAAGAGGAGCUGUAG